AUGAAGAAAUUGAAAAGACGCAUCAAUGCUGUGUUCCGUGGAAGCGACAUGCCCUCAACUUCACCAGUCAGAAAUUGGCGCUUGUCAGAUUCGAUGAAUGAGCUGGCAGAACGUUUAGCGGCAGACGGAGUAAUCAUCGAAGAAUGCGAUAUUCAGUCGUCAAUCAUACCCAAAGUUCCAUUUUCUGUUUUUUAUAUGAAACACAAUCGUCUUCCUGUGCCAGUAUCACGACAUUUUCGCCCAGACUAUUCCAAGAAUCUGAAAGCAUACUCGCCAGCCCAGCAUCAGUAUUCUCUGUUUCCCAGACAAUCUUGUAAUAGAGGCAUUGCAACUCUUUUGAAAGGUUGGUCCUUUGAUUAUGGAAUAAUAGUUGAGUCCUAUUCCAAUGUGGUUGGUUGUGGCAGAAGAACGAUGUGA